CGCCUCCUCCCACCCCACCCGUCUGCCUGCCUGGCCGGGAAGCUAAAAUAAUAAAAUGCUGAUCUCACACACUCCUCCGGCUGCCUGCCUCACUGCCGUAGCCCUGCCUGCUCUGUUCACACACCGCUGGGGUCUAAAAAAAAAAGGCAGAGGCCAACAGAAGCAGCAAAGGGAUCUUCAGUAUCCUACACCUUGCACCAACCAUGACGACCUCGUAUCGGCAAGAACUGGAGAAAUAUCGAGAUAUUGAUGAAGAUAAGAUCCUGAGGGAGCUGUCCGCAGAGGAACUGGCACAACUUGAUCUGGAGCUGCAGGAAAUGGAUCCAGAAAAUAUAAUGCUUCCGGCUGGGCUCCGGCAGAGAGAUCAGACUAAGAAGAGCCCUACGGGGCCACUGGAUCGAGACGCCCUGAUGCAGCACCUGGAGAAGCAGGCGCUGGAGGUGAAGGAGAGGGAGGACCUGGUGCCCUUCACUGGGGAGAAGAAAGGAAAACCCUUCAUCCCGAAGAACCCCAAGAGGGAAAUCCCCAAGGAAGAGCAGAUCACGCUGGAGCCUGAACUGGAAGAGGCCUUGGCCAAUGCCACCGACGCCGAAAUGUGCGACAUUGCAGCCAUCCUGGGCAUGUACACCCUCAUGAGCAACAAGCAGUAUUACGACGCCAUCUGCAGUGGCAACAUCUCCAACACAGAAGGCAUCAACAGUGUGGUGAAACCAGAUACGUACAAGCCUGUCCCGGACGAGCCUCCAAACCCCACCAAUGUGGAAGAGACCUUAGCAAAAAUCAAAAGUAAUGACAAGGAUCUGGAGGAGGUGAACCUUAACAACAUUAAGGACAUUCCCAUUCAAACCCUGAAAGACAUUUGUGAAGCCAUGAAAACCAACACUCAUGUGAAGAAGCUCAGUUUGGUGGCAACCCGAAGUAAUGACCCCGUGGCCAGUGCGGUGGCUGAGAUGCUGAAGGAAAACAAGACCCUCCAAAGCCUCAAUAUUGAAUCCAACUUCAUCACUAGUGCUGGGAUGAUGGAAGUGAUCAAAGCCAUGAAGCAGAACACCACCCUGUCUGAACUUAAGGUGGACAACCAGGCCGCAAGCAGAAAAAAACAUAAUGAUGCACCUGAUGACAGAACCCAGCGUGCCCUUAGCUUCCGACGUGCCUACAAUUUGUACCGGGAGCUCUGUUUGGCUACUAAAAUCAGAGCUAGAAUCACCCAGAAAAUCAGAUCCUUUUAACCAUAUACUGUAUAUGUGUUUCCGAACAAAUUUUGGCCUUGCACUUCUCCUCUCCGAAUGAUAUAUCCGACUCUCUUUCUUGCAAUCUCAGGUUCUUCCUUCCUCCACAUCCAAGCAUCUGGUCUUUUAAUUACCUCUGUAAAUAAGAAGAGAUCUCGGAGGGAAACUGCCCGCAGCCCCAACGUGCCCUUGUUCUUUGCUAUGGACCAAAGGCAGUUGCAACCCCCGCUGUUUUUCCUAGAGGCACUACAAAUAAUUAAAUUAUUAGGCGCUUGUUUACUUGGAA